CUGGAGGAUUCUGGCGGAGGGGGGUCUUGGAGCUGAAGUACCAUCCCAGCGAUCGUUAGACUGCUGACUGCAGAGGAACCUCUUUUCAAGCCACCUCCUUCAGUUCGCCAACCUAAGACGUAGCCAUGGCUUCCGUCACCAUGCAGGCUGCCUCCAUUGUGGCUAGGUCUACCUUCCUCGGCGCGGGUGCCUCGCGCCUCGCCAGGUCGACUCGUGCUAAUGCACUGCCGACCUCCAUCUCCGCCCUGAAGAUCGAGGCCAAGGGCAACUGGCUCCCCGGGUCCGACUCCCCCGCAUGGCUCGACGGCAGCCUUCCCGGCGACAACGGGUUCGAUCCUCUUGCCCUGGCUGAGGAUCCCGAGAACCUCAAGUGGUACGUGCAGGCUGAGCUCCAGAACGGCCGCUGGGCCAUGCUCGGUGUUGCCGGCAUGAUCAUCCCCGAGGCUCUGACCUCCGCUGGGCUCCUGGAUAUCCCGGUGUGGUACGACACUGGUGUCACUGAGUUCUGGAUUCCCACCCCCACCCUGUUCGCGAUCGAGUUCAUCCUGUUCAACUUCGUCGAGCUGUUGAGGUGGCAAGACAUCAAGAACCCCGGCAGCGUGAGCGAGGACCCCUUCGGCAACAAGCUCCCUGCUGGUGAUGUGGGAUACCCCGGCUUCAACCCCAUGGGUCUCUCCACCGACUUCCGCACCAAGGAGAGCGAGAUUGCCAACGGCCGUACCGCCAUGAUCGCUUUCUUGGGUCUGAUCGUCCAGUCCCACAUCACCGGCGCUGGUCCGUUCGCCAACCUGCUCGCUCACCUUGCCGACCCAUGGAACACCACCGUCUUCCAGAGCCUGGACAAGUUCUACUCUUAAGCUGUAUAUCCUGAUAAUGUAUUGAAAUUUUGAU